AGAGUUAUUUGUGAAUGAACUUUGUGAAAACCGAACCGGAACUGAGGAAAGCAAGCAAAAACUCAUGUUAUUUGCGACAGAUCUUGAAAGCAGAAAGGAGAUUUAUCUUGUCAAUGUCUGGAUUGAGAUCCAUGGCAACUGAUUCAUCAUACUAAGAACUGCGGACAUCAGUGUUCCACCAUGGUGGAGGGGGAGGGAGCCCAGUGGUUGGAAGAGCUCCUGGAGGAGACUCAGCUCCAGAAGUUCCUGACGAAGAUCCACGACGAUCUCCAGGUGUCGCGUCUGGACCAUUUCCAGUACGUGAGGACGGAGGACCUGGAGAAGAUCGGGAUGGGGAGACCAGCGGCCAGGAGGCUCCUGGAAGCUGUCAAGAGGAGGAGGAGAAGAUCCGGAUCCCAGAGUAUUUUAGGCAGAGUGCUGAAUGUAGUCAAACCAGGCGACUCAGUGAACCGCUCUCGAGCUGCCAACUCAAGUCAGCCAGCCACGCAGCCGCUACCAAGCGGUGUGACGAGCACAAGACAGAACAUGGAAUCUCUGACAUGUCUUAUCAGCGAGUCUGAACUCACCCUCCAUGAGAAGCUGGGCAAUGGGUCCUUUGGCGUGGUCCGGAGGGGGGACUGGAAAACUCCCAGGGGGAAGAGAGUGGAGGUAGCAGUGAAAUGUUUGAGGAGUGAGAUGGUCAAUCAGCCCGGAUUCUUUGAAGACUUUGUCAAGGAAGUCAACACCAUGCAUCUGUUAGAUCAUCCCCAUCUCGUCCGACUCUAUGGCGUGGUGCUCUCCUCCCCUCUCAAAAUGGUGACGGAAUUGGCCCCGCUUGGUGCUUUGGUGGACAGGUUACGAGAGGACCCUUCUAAAUUCCUCAUCUCGACCCUGAGCGCCUUUGCAUUACAGAUCGCUUCAGGCAUGAGCUUCCUAGAGUACAAACGAUUCAUACACAGAGAUCUAGCGGCAAGGAAUAUACUGCUAGCUUCGAUGCAAAAGGUGAAGAUAGGUGACUUUGGACUAAUGAGGGCUCUCCCAUCGGCUACCAACUAUUACAUCAUGACGGAACACAACCAAGUACCUUAUGCAUGGUGUGCUCCAGAAAGUUUGAAGACCAAGCAGUUCUCUCAUGCGAGUGAUAUGUGGAUGUUUGGUGUGACGCUAUGGGAGAUGUUUAGCUUUGGGGAAGAGCCUUGGCUGGGAUACAAUGGAGCUCAGAUUCUUCAGAAGAUUGGGAAGGAGGGCGAGCGAUUACCCCGGCCUGAUCACUGCCCACCAGGUAUCUACAGUUUGAUGGAGAUCUGCUGGCAGGCCAACCCUGAAGACAGGCCCAUGUUCUCAUCGGUCAAAGACCAACUUGACAAGAUGAAGCCGUUGGAGAUGAGAGUAACCAAAGACCUACAAUUUGAUGAACCCGACAAGCUAGAAUGCGAGGAAGGACAGAUCAUCACAAUCAUCGAUGGCAAGCCAGAGGAGAAUUGGUGGCUUGGGCAGAACAUCCACACCCACAAGAUAGGACGUAUCCCUCGCAAGCUCCUCGCCCCCAUGUCUGGAGGGAUCACCGGGGAGGACAUCAGCAAACCUAUCAAAUACAGCUUCAUACACACGGGCCACGGAGGGGUGGACGGCAACACGUGGGGACACCCGGACAAGAUCGAUGAGACGUACUUGAUGCCUUUGAAAUUCCUGGAUGAAUGGUCCAAUGAGGAUGAUGUCUCCAGUUCUAGACCUUCCCUGAUGCUAUCAGAUCGACUAAAAAGGAACAGCAAAGAGAACCAACUGAAGAAAGACGCUGACAAUUCAUCACGUUCGUCAUCUCUGAAGCGACAGUUUCGGGGGAAAUUGUCCAACCGGAACUCUGCUAAUUUAGAGAGUGAAGACGAGGACACGCGUGUCAAGGCGGGGGGUUCUGUCUUCUACGUACAAGGAACAGCAUCCGGGCAAGCAGAAGGAGAGAUGGGGCAGUCACAAACGGGUAUUCUGAUUGACUUUGCUGAGAACUCAUUUGCCAGCACGGACAGCAGCAUCGAUUCCGGUUCCUCGUUCGACACUCCGUACGUAAUGGACAGGACGUUGAGUCCAGAGGUCAAUUCAAAGGCACCUUCGUUGCCGAGGCUCAACGGUGGCUUACCUCUGUAUGAUGAUGUACCCAAUGAAGCAGGGGAUGCAAGUACUGUAACUGCAGAAGUGUCGAAAAAGAGUCAACCUCCGGCUCGCUCGUAUUAUGGUAACCAACAGAUUAUUGCAGAUGCAGCUGCAUUGGAAGACACGCCAACAGCGAGUGCGGACUCAGCAACGUACGCAUCGGUGAAUAAGGUCAAGCCUCCAGGGACAAGUUCCACUAAGACUAGAGUCAGAGCCAACCCAUUUGCAUCCAAUAACAAACAAUCAUAUAAUGAUCAAGCUACUAAUGGUGCAACUUCCAAUAAUCACACAGGUAGUGAUAUAGAGAGUGCUAAAGUGCCACAUGCAACAAGACUUUAUGACGAUGUGCCAAAUGAAUCAAAUUUAUCCAGUGACACUUUAUCCAAGAACGCCACUGCUAAAGGGGACUGGGUUAACUUCUACGAUGAUGUUCCCACAGAGAGUGAUCUUGCAAAGUUAGAAUCAAAGGCGGGACCCUUGCCAUUAAGAACAUACGAUGAAGUCCCUGUGGAUGAGCCGCUCCAACCAAGAAGAACUGCACCUGGGAAUGUCCAGAGUGUUUCCACAAGACAUGCAGGACCUGCAGCAACCGCCCAGCAGCAGCCACAAAGUAGUGCGUCUCCAGGUGUUGCAUCAAGAAUGUACAGCGAAGUUCCUGUAGAGGAUGUAGCCCAACCGAGAACUGCACCUGCAAACUUGCAUGCUUAUUCUAGUGACCGUUAUGCUCCUUUUUCCAGACCUGCACCAACCCUUCAACCACAGAAAAGUGUGCCUGGUGCUGCUUCAGGUGCUGCCUUGAGCUUCUCGACUCACCCAAUGGUGCCUGUGAAGACACCCUUGUCAUCCUCACCGAGUUUAGACUGCUUUGAUCCUCUAAAACAGGCCUCUGUCAAAGUUGACCGAAAUCCUGAGAAAGUGUCCGAGCAGAAAGCUUAUACGGCAGCUUCUGCUCGCAAAAACCAAGCUAGCAUUGUGAUCCCACCUCCGAGAUCAAAAAAGAGCACAGGCAGACGAACUAAUAACUUGGUGAAUCAAGAUAAUGAGCCCUGUAGCACUGCAAAGGAAAUCGCUAGGAAAGUAGACGGUAGCAGUGCAGACAAGUAUGCUGCCAUCCAGAGUACAUCAUCUGUCAAUCAGGCACACUACACUGUGCAUGAUAGAGCAAGGCUACUUGAGAACAAGCCACACAUUGCACCGAAACCAGGGAUGAAGAGUGAAACGCAAGAUGACAACUUCAUGACGAUGUGCUUUCCCCGUAAGACACAAGGAUCUGAAAAUGGAGGUUCUCAUUAUUCGGCCACGACCUCAUCUAAUGACAUUCCUUUUGGCUUAGGAAGGCGAGCGCACAACGCCCAGGAUGGGAGCCGAAAAGUGGUACCUCCUCUUCCCCCUCGCCACGCACUUGGAGAAGACGUGCCGCCAGCUGUUGGACCUCACCAAUCAAAUCAACAGCCUCCAGGUGGAUCGAUGAUACUGCCUAUCAUGAAAGAUGGUGUUCAAGUCAGUCACACCCAUUACUAUCUUUUACCAGCAGCAGCAACGUCAACGGAACCUCUUAAUGUAUCACCAAGGUCUCUGAUGAGCGCACCAGUGGCCAGGACAGAACCACUUGGCAACACAGCUCAUGUGAGACCACAGCUGAGGCACCCAAUGGAGAUGGCAAACCCAGACUACUUCAUGAAGGGAGCUGACUCUGGUGGACAGCGUGGUGCGCAGGACGGGAGCUACUUCAGUAAGAGUGGCCCAGGAGCUGGCGCCAAGAGCAAGGAUCUUCUUCAAACCUUUGAUCUCUCGAACUUGAAACCUAUCCUACCGCAGGGUACCGCCUCCACAUCCCAACCCUCGCACAUGAUGAUGCCAUCGACGAUGCCAUCCUAUUACAGGUCGACUUCAUCAAGUUCAGCUCCGCCGACACCAUCCCACCAAGCUGCAGCAUCUGCGACACCAUCAUCCGGUGUCUGUAUCCAUGGCAACAAGUUAGGAGGUAACCGACCCGUCUCCGACCUUGACCUCAUGGCGUCCGAAACGCCCAACUCGGCGGCGGAUAAGGUGAAGCAGGUCCAGAAGGAGGUACACGGGGUGACGUCCGAUGAGUGCAGGAAUGCCCUGAUAGGUGUGCAAUGGGACGUCACGAAGGCGGUCCGGGAUCUCAAGACAGAACAACUCUUCCAGCUUGGUAGUGCUUCCAAAGAACAUUGUGAGAACCUGUUGAAAUCGCUUGAGUGGAACCUAGAACUGGCCAGCUCCAUUCUGCUGGAGCAGUCUGCAAGGUGAUCAGAGACUCCUUGAUGCCAUGAACAACUACUAACUAAAUUAUAAUGAAACUAUUGUAAAUUUUAACGAAAUCAAUAUUUUUUACCACUCUUAAUGAAAUUGAACAUCAGUAAUCAAUAUAUACUUAUAUCUUUUUAAAAAUGGGGCAUCGAGAAGUGGAACGUUCUUGUAAAGAGUGUUCAAUCCAAAGAAAUGCCCUUCUGUUGAUCAUGCUGAUGGUAACGAAUUUAUUCUUGAUAAUAUAAGAUUUAAGCAAGCAAGUAAUGUUAAUAUGUCUUUCAGGAGGAUAAAUAAUGUGAUUCUUCCCUUUAACAGUUGAUAAAUGUUAUCAUUGUGAAUAAUACCAAUAUGAUAUUUAGUAGGAGGAUGAAAGCGAUCAGUUUUUUCUUUUGGGUUACAGGGUUGGGGGAGGCAGAGGGUUUAUUUAUUUUCAAACUUUUGAUUGAAUAGAGGACUUUGCUUCACUUUCCAAUACUGAUGGUGAGCAAAAAUUCUGAUCAUGAAGUUCAAGGAAUAAUUUAAAAUCUUCAGUUUUAGAGAAUAUGUUGUUAUGAAGAUAUUCUGACCAGUUAAUUAUUGCAGCAUAAGCAAGGCCAGAUUUUAUUUUGGAUAGUUUCAAAGGAGUGAAUAAAAUCUUUAUAAGGAAUGUCACUCUUUUCUCAUCAUGGAUAGUUUGUUUUUAAAUGAAGAAACAAAACAGUUCGAGUGGUCAGUAUUUGAAAUGCAGCCUCACACCCUAUCUCUUGAUUCAUGUUUUUUGCAUGAUUUUAUUCUACCCACAUGUGCUAUAUGUAUGUUUUAUUUGUUUUACAAGGUAUUGGACCAAUAGCAUCAUAGUCUCGAUUGAAGCUAUGAAUUCUUUGAUCGAUGAUAUUAACCCUUUUCUUUUCCUCAUGAAUUGAAUAUGGCUUUUAAACAUGACUACGCAAAUGGCAUAGUAAGAAAAAAAGUGCUGAUGCUUGUAAAGAUAUGUACAGUAAAAGCUAUAUGUAUAUAACACUAUAUAGAUAUAUUAUGUUUGUGGAGCAUUAUUUUUUUAUACCAGAUCAUUUUAGAUGUACAAAUCAUUCAAAAACUAUAUAGUCAUUUAUCAAUGUGACAUUUCUUCUCUGUCGUUUCAUUCCACUGUUUUACCGGUAGUUAAAUAUCUUUCUGAAUGUGUUCAGAAAGUUUGGUGGUGGGACAGGCAUGUGUUUUCAAUAUAUUAAUAGGGCAGUUUAAGUCGUUUUUAAGUUAAUAAUCGCAAGUUUUCUCCUAACCCUUUGAGCACUAAGUCUUAUGCAA